AUGUCGGUUUCUUCGGGCCCUCCCUCAUCAAGCGGCUCUGAAUACACCUACCAUCGCCCAUCUCAUCGGAGGGACUUUCAGAUAGCUAUUAUUUGUGCCUUACCACUCGAAUACGAUGCCGCCACGCUUAUCGUUGACGAAUUCUGGGACCAGGAUGGUAAACAAUAUGGGCGAACAUCUGGGGAUACCAACAUAUAUAGAAAUGGGAGGAUUGGCAUGCACAACGUGGUGCUCAUGCUUCUGCCAAAUAUGGGCAAGGCCGCAGUCGCUGGUUCAGCAGCCAGCCUACGGACAAGCUAUUCGAAUUUGAGGAUUGCGUUCCUCGUGGGAGUCUGUGGCGGGGUUCCUAUCCUUGGUGCACAUGAGGCACUCCUUGGCGAUGUGGCUAUUGGCGAGGCUAUAAUUCAGUAUGAUUUCGGCAGACAGUAUCCAGGAGAAUUCAUCCCUAAGAAUACAGCCGUGGCUACCCAGAGUCUACCGAACAAAGACAUUCGCACCCUCCUCGCUUACUUUAAAUCCGAUACUGGGAAAUUCGAGCUGCGACAGAAUACCGCAAGGCAUUUGAAAGCUUUGCAAGGUGCAGCUAUUCUAAAGGAGUACCAGUACAGCUACCAUUAUCCUGGUUUUGCCGAAGAUAAGCUCUUCGUCGCGACCUAUUGCGACAAUGCCGCACAGUCAUCCUGCUCUGAACUCGGGUGCGACGAGAAGAAACUAGUCGAGAGAUACCAUAUUUUCAUCGGGCGCGUUGCAUCAGCGGAUACGGUGAUGAAGUCUGGCGAUCAUCGUGACCAAAUCGCUAAACAAUACGACAUUAUAGCCUUCGAAAUGGAAGGGGCUGGCCUUUGGGACGAGUGCCCCUGUAUCGUCGUUAAAGGCAUUUGCGACUAUGCCGAUAGCCAUAAAAACAAGAUUUGGCAACCAUUUGCUGCAGCAACCGCAGCAGCUGCCGUCAAAGCUAUGUUAGUACGAUACACCAUAGAAGAUCAUGCUCAACUAUCUUUAUCUAGUGCUGGUGAGAUUGAAAAUACCGUUUACUGGAAUAACCAUGUUAACAUGGCGUUAGGUUCUACUCAGCAUGGCCAGAUCGUUCCCGCACGAUAUGAGAUAACCCAUUAUGAUGCGCAAAAAGCAUCAUCUGCCUCUAUACCCGACACCACAAAGUCGAAUGCGAUUCAAACACUGCGGGAUAGCAUUUUUGAAUUUCAGAGGGUACUUACUGAUGACCAACAACGCGAAUUACAAGGCAUCAAGGUGGUGCCAGAUGCAAUUGCCGUCCUGGUAUUUACUGCUGAGCUCGACUCGCUGAAUAGGAACAGAAAGGGGCGUAGCAUUGCCAGCAGACUCCAUUCAAUCUUACAGUCCGUUCGGGAUUUUUCCGCGGCCAUCGAAGCAGUUGAUUCGACACACCUAGGAAUCGCUUCCAUCCUGUGGGGGAGUGUGAAACUGACAAUGCUAGUGACUGUCAAAUCCGUAACAUAUGACGAGGCUCUCUCGAAAUUUUUCAUGGACCUUGGCGGGUUAUGCCCAAGGUGGACAGAUUAUCAAAUAUUCUAUUCAUCUUCACCGCGCCUUCAAGAUACCCUUUAUGACUUCUAUGCGUCGCUAAUUCGCUGUUGCAAGCGCGCAGUAGAAACUGCUCAAAAUUCUUGGCCGGGAUACCUCUUCAGUUCCCCCCGAGAAUCACUUGAUCGGGAGUUUCAGCAGGAUGCGGACGACAUUGAAAGACGUAGCAAAUAUGUCAAAGAUGCGCUAUCACUUGCCAAAACAGACGCACAUUAUCAAAACCAACAGCUUCAGAGCUUAAGAGGGGGGCUAGGUUCAAAGAAAAUGAAGCGACCAAGAGCUUUUCGUCGAAAGGGAGAACGGCAUGAUAAUAUGGAGUCAUGGCAGGCACAAAACGAGUUUAAUAUGUGGAACAAAGGCCGAGAGUUUCCUUUGCUGUGGUGCUCCGGAAAGAUUGGUUCAGGUAAAACAACUCUUACAGCGAGCGUCAUCGAAAAACUCUUGACGGAGAAGCGCAGUCCGGAUGUCUUCAUCGGCUUCUUCUUCAUACGAUUUGAUGAUCGACAGUCAUUAAACGCUGAGGUCAUACUCAAGUCCAUCGUUCGACAGAUGCUAAAUGUAUCCAACGUUUAUGAGAAGGUUGAAACACAAUUGAAUAAUAUGCAGCUCGACUUGGCGUCAGGGCUGAACGAAAUUGCGAAAUUACUGCGAAGUAUAGCUGCACAAUUCCAAAAGCUCUAUAUCGUGAUUGAUGGGCUGGACGAAUGCACAAAAUCGGAGCGCCACGAUCUUCUUGAAAUUCUCCACUCAGUUUUGAAAGUCAGAUCGAACACAAAGCUCUUCCUCGCUGGUCGCGAUAGUGUCUCCAGAGAGGUACAGAUAGAAUUUCCGACCCUGAAACAGAUCCCCAUGGACUGCUCGUCGGCUCUAUCUGACAUCGCGACGUACGUUGAAGGCAUAGUGCAGGAAAAACUGAAAACCGAAGAGCUUAUAGUUGGGGAUCCCGACCUCAUUGAAGAUAUUAAAGCAGCACUCUUAGACGGAGCAAAUGGCAUGUUUCUCUGGGUUGUCUUCCAAGUAAAUGAGCUUUGUUUACAACAUUGCGAUGAGGACAUCCGAACAGCUAUUCAGAAUUUCCCCAAGGACUUGGAGGAAACAUUCAAUCGGGCCAUCGACCGAAUUGUUUCCCGGGGGAACCAAGAUAUCGCAAAGCGUAUUCUCCGAUGGGUUGCUGCUGCAAAAGAGCCCCUGUCCCUCGGCCAGCUAGAGGAAAUCAUCUUUGUUGAAGUCGGACAGGAAUACUCAAAGACAGAGCGACAAUUUAAUGGCAUUGCACAUAUCAGCUCAUGGUGUGAAAAUCUCGUUCAUAUCGAUGAGGAGCUGAAAACAGUUCAGUUUGUGCAUCAAACUGUCCAGCAAUUUUUCAUUGAGAGGUCGUCUGAUUCUCGACAUAAUCAGUUCUACAUAAAUCUCGAGGACGUCGAUCACUAUCUUGGCGAAAUAUGCGUAACUUAUCUCAAUUUUAAUGAUUUCAAAACAACUCUAGCCAGACGACAGCAACCAUUGCCACCUAUGCCGCCUAUAGCUAUGGCAGGGACAGCUUUGAGACCACAAUGGAAGGCAGCCUUAUCUAUCCCUGCGCUCUUGAAGCUCAAUUUAGACACCAGAGGAGGCUCAACAGCCUCCAAUGCUAUCGAGGCUUUGGCCACCUUUCAACGAGAGGAUACAGAGAGUGCAAGGGAGGGACUUCAUGUUGGGCACCCUUUCCUACGAUAUGCGUCAAUUCAUUGGAUUUCUCAUACGACAAUGUUUCAAAAAGAAAAGUCGAAGACCUGGAAUUUGUGGGAAAGAAUGAUUGUUCAGGGACAUGAACUCGUGAAGAAGCCAUGGAUCGAAAGGCCUUUCGAUAAAAGCAUCGGAGCUAUACUGGACUGGAGCCAAAAUUUUCACCACUAUGCACUCAUACGCCUUAUUCUCCUCAGAGGCAUGCUUUCACUCUCAGACCGAGGGCAAGUCAUGCAGAACGCAGCGGAUCGUGAAGAUAUUAUGUUGCUUGAUAUCUUUCUAGAGCGUGAAGAAUCGGGCAGUAUAAUAAUAGAUCAUGCUUGCGAAGUAGCAGCUAGGUGUGGCCGUCUCAAUGCUCUGAAGAGACUCUUGGCUGCUGGAGCAGAUGGCCAACCUGCUCUAGACGCCGCCGCUAGAAUUGGCCACCAAACCAUCAUUAUGCACCUGUUAUCUGUUGGUACAGAUGGUCGUACUGCACUUAAUACUGCUGCUCGGUAUAAACACGCCCCUGCAGUCAAGUCCUUGUUAGAUGCUGGUGUAGAUGGUCUUCAAUUAUUACAGGACCUCAUUGACGAGGCUCUUUUCAAUGUGAUUGAUCAGGAGGGGGCUCGGGCCGUGAUAGACAAUCCUAAUAGUGAUCAUUACGCUAUUAAGAUCUUGAUACAAGCUGGUGUAGACGGCCAACCUGUACUACAGACUGCUAUCCAAGGAAGCUCUAGACUCACCAUCACACUCCUCCUGGCCGCUGGUGUAGAUGGUCAGCCAGCACUACUUGCAGCUUCUAAAUCUGGAGAUCCAAUUAACAUAAGGCUGCUGUUAGCUGCCGGUGUGGAUGGUCAAGCUGUACUACAGACUGCUGCUAGAAAAGGGCAUCAGGAUAUCGUCAAGUCUUUAUUAGCUGCUGGUGCAAGUGGCCGGGCUGCCCUACUUAGUGCUUCUAACAACGGCGAUCUAGAUGCGAUCAAGGGCCUCUUAGCAGCUGGUGUAGAUGGUCAAGAGGCAUUGCGGACUGCAAUCAAAGGAGGCGAUUUGCAUAUUAUCAAGUCUUUGUUAACCGCUGGUGUGGACGGUCAGAUCCCUCUACAGACCGCUGUUAAAAGUGGCAAUGGAGAUGUCAUCAAGUGCCUCUUGGCUACCGGCGUAGAUGGUCAGCCUAUACUACAGGCCGCUGCCGAGAAUGACGAUCUACACAUCAUAAAGCUACUCCUAGCAAAUGGUGUAGAUGUUCAAGCAGCACUGUUCGCUGCGGCUAAAGAUGGUUGUUUAGUCGUCAUUGGGAAAUUUUUGGCCGCUGGUGUUCAGAUGAGCGCACUCACCUCACGUUCACCGACGGGCCAAUCUCUCCUACAGGUUGCUGCUCAAUGGGGCCAUAUCAAUAUUGUUGACAGCCUGUUGGCCUCUGGAUCUGAAUCAUAUGUAGGCUCUACAUGGCAUAUCCAAUCCGGUCUAUACGCCGCUUCUCGCUGGGGACAUCUUGAUAUUGUUGAGAGGCUUUUGGGUGCUGGAGCUUCUGUAGAUGAUCAAUCUAUAUGGGGUAAUCAAUCUGCGUUGCAUGCCGCUUCCGAAGGAGGUCAUCUCGAUGUCAUAGAGAGACUCUUAGCUGCCGGAUCUCAAGUAAAUUCAUACCAUACAUGGGGUGGUCAGUCCGCUUUAGAAGCUGCUUCUGGUAGAGGCCAUCUUGGUGUUGUGGAAAGGCUCUUGGCUGCCGGAGCUAAAGUAAAUACUAAUGACACACCAGAAAACCCAACCGCCUUACAAGCCGCUUGUCAAAGUGGCCAUCUUGAUGUCGUUAAGAGGCUGUUAGCUGCUGGAGCUGAGGUAGACGAGAAUGGAAUGUCGGGAAAUGCUUUAGAAGCUGCUUCUGAAGGCGGCCAUCUUGACGUUGUUGAGACGCUUCUGGCUGCUGGAUUUGAGGUAAACACACCCAAAAACAGAUGGAGGGGCCGGAUUGCCUUGCAAGCUGCUUCUCGAGGGGGUCAUCUCAAAGUUGUCGAAAGACUCUUAGCUGCUGGGGCCGAUGUAAAUGCGGCUGCUGGAUCAAAAGCUCAAACUGCUUUGCAAAUUGCUGCUAAGGGUGGACAUACGAGAAUUGUUUCACGAUUGAAGCAAGCAGGCGCGAAAGAGUAG